AGAUCGGUUAUAUUUUGCUACUUUAAGGAAUAGACCAAAAAGCACAGUAAAUACCCACUAUUUCUCCAUCGAUGAGGAGCUGGUCUAUGAAAAUUUCUAUGCAGAUUUCGGCCCUCUGAACUUGGCAAUGGUGUACAGAUAUUGCUGUAAACUAAACAAGAAGUUAAAAUCAUACAGUUUAUCAAGGAAGAAGAUAGUGCACUACACCUGUUUUGACCAGCGGAAAAGAGCGAAUGCUGCCUUUUUGAUAGGUGCCUAUGCCGUAAUCUAUUUAAAGAAGACACCAGAAGAAGCCUACAGAACACUCCUAUCUGGCUCAACCCCCCCCUAUCUUCCAUUCAGGGAUGCUUCCUUUGGAAAUUGCACUUACAACCUCACCAUCCUCGACUGUCUGCAGGGAAUCAGAAAGGGAUUACAACAUGGAUUUUUUGACUUUGAGACAUUUGAUGUGGAUGAAUAUGAACAUUAUGAGGGUACCCUCUCCAUGCCCCCGAGGCCUACUUUCCGUACUUCAAGAAGCACAACGUGACGGCCGUCGUGAGGCUGAACAAGAAGAUCUACGAGGCCAAGCGCUUCACGGACGCCGGCUUCCAGCACCACGACCUCUUCUUCAUCGACGGCAGCACGCCCAGCGACGCCAUCGUGCGCCGCUUCCUGAGCAUCUGCGAGAACACGGCCGGGGCGGUGGCCGUCCACUGCAAAGCUGGCCUGGGCAGGACAGGGACACUGAUCGCCUGCUACGUCAUGAAGCACUACCGCUUUACACACGCAGAGAUCAUCGCUUGGAUCAGAAUAUGCCGGCCGGGGUCCAUCAUAGGGCCCCAGCAGCACUUCCUGGAAGAAAAACAAGCAUCACUGUGGGUCCAAGGAGACAUUUUCCGAUCCAAACUGAAGAGUAGACCGCCCAGUGAAGGAAGUAUUAAUAAAAUUCUUUCUAGCUUGGAUGAUAUGUCUAUUGGUGGAAACUUAUCUAAAUUACAAAACAUGGAACGAUUUGGAGAGAAUAAUUUAGAAGAGGAUGAAGAUGUGGAAAUGAAAAAUGGUAUUACCCAGGGAGACAAACUACGUGCCUUAAAAAGUCAGAGACAGCCACGUACCUCACCGUCCUGUGCAUUUAGGUCAGAUGAUCUGAAAGGGCACCCGAGAGCAGUGUCCCAGCCUUUCAGAUUAAGUUCUUGCCCCCAAGGAUCUGCGAUGACCUUGAAGACCUCAAAGGUGGCUGUGUCCCCUUCGCCGACAGCCAAGAGGGUAAACAGAGCUUCUUUGUCUCCAGGUGCUGGUGUGAGAAGCUUUUCCAUAAACUCCCGGCUGGCCAGCUCUCUAGGGAACUUGAACGCCGCCACCGAGGAUCCUGAGAGCAAAAGGGCGUCCUCACCCCCUAGGGCAGGCUUCGCAGCCAGCCCGUUCUCCAGCCUCACCAACGGCAGCUCCCAGCCAACGACCCGGCAUUACCCUGAGCUCAACAACAACCAGUACAUCAGGGGCAGCAGCAGCCCCGGGGGCAACCUGAACAGCCCCCUGGGCCCCCACGGCACCCAGCCUGAGGAACACGCUGCCACCGCCCUGCCGCCCGCCUACGCCGGGCUUUCUUCUUCCUCUGCGAGAUUCCUGAGCCGGUCCAUCCCCGUAAGUUCGCAGACACCACCCCUCGAUCCUCAGACCCCUGAAGGCACCUUCUGUGCCUUGCCCUCCCAGCCCAGGCUGCCUCCGCGCAAGUUCACCAGCGCCAAGGAGGCCUUCUCAUCGCUCCCUCCCUCUGCGCUGUGACUCUGCCUGUGCCCCUCAUUCUGCUGGCUCCUCUUCAAGUAAAUGUCAGCUGCCAACUGGG